AUGAUAUCGCCCCUGUCACAGGCUCCGACUGUUGUUCCGGCACAUGAGUCCACAAACGAUGCCAAUGCCAUCUCUGAGCCUGGACCGGCGCAUUCUCGUCAUCGCGAGGCCAGUAUUGGCGAUGAUGUCAGUGAAGAGGUCGUCGUAUCUGGAAACAUGGCUCAAGCUUCAGCUGCCGAGCCCGCUCUCAGAGAUCUCCUACACCGCGUCCAGAGAUUGGAAGAAGUUCAAGUAUCUGCUGAUACGGCACGACGAAGCCGAUCCGAAGUUCCCCAGCAAAUGAUGGGGAAGGAUACAGAUUCACGCGUAGUGUUGAAGAAGUCAAGAGUCUGGCGAUGGAGUGAUUGGAUGGGUGAAGCUUCCGAAUUUGACAGAUUAUUGGACUGCUAUACAAGUUACGUCAAGGCUGCUGGAAAUGAGAGUCAUACUCCAUUUCCAGAUGCCGAAACUGAGGCCAUGGCUAUAGAGGCCGGAACCUUACUACGGAACUGCAAAGACCUAGCGAGGAGCAUCAAAAGUUGGCGACCCAGCAGAAGCUUUGACAACUCUGGAGUCAACCUGGCAGCGCCAUCUCGCGAGGUAGCCGAUACAAUGGUAGAUCAUUACCUGGAUUCAUUCGAAUCAACCUACCGCAUAUUACACAAGCCUACCUUCAAGGCGGAAUAUCAGCGGUUUUGGGAUGACCCAGCUAGCGUCAAAACCGAUUCGCGCCUCAAGAUACUUCUCGUCAUCGCGAUUGGGUCAAGCUUACAUGACACUGAAUUAGUCGAGCCAGGAUUUAAACGCCUGGCUCAUCAGUGGAUUUACGCUGCCCAGGCUUGGCUUUCCGGCCCCCUGGAAAAGGAUCGAUUGGGUAUCAACGGCGUCCAGAUUCACUGCUUGACCAUCUUUGCACGGCAUAUAUUAUCGAUUGGAGGCGAUCUGGUAUGUAUUUCCACAGGAACACUUAUCCAUACAGCCAUGCAGAUCGGCUUGCACCGUGAUCCAAGCCAUUUAUCGUCAAUGUCGACGUUGCAAGCAGAGAUCCGAAGAAGAAUCUGGUCGACCAUCUUGGAGUUAGUAAUUCAGUCAUCCUUAGAUGCGGCAAUGCCUCCCAGGAUCUCUUUCGAUGAGUUUGAUACUAAACCGCCUGCAAACAUCAAUGACGACGAACUAGAAGAGUCGCGAACGGAGCUAAGAUCACAUCCGAGGAGCACUUACACGGAUAUGUCGCUACAUCUUCAGCUCAGAGACUCUCUCUUGAGCCGGCUUCGAGUUGUUCAGUUGCUCAAUGGGAUACACCAUGAGUUGUCUUAUCACGUCGCACUGGAGCUGAGCUCGGAGAUUACUCAUGCCUGCAGGACCAACAUCCACUUCGUGAGGCAGCACGAACGAUCCGGAGUCUCUGUUUUCCACCAAAACUUACUCGAUUUUCUCGUGCGUCGCUUCCUGAUUCCCUUGCACUGCCCGUUCGCGAGCCAGGCACAGACAAACCCCCUGUUCCAGUACUCGACGAAGGCGACACUCGACGCCACAAUCACGAUCCUGUCACCUGUGCCGGACGACAAGUUCUCUCGUCUAUUCAGAAUCGCGGGAGGUAUGUUCCGCGAAGGCUACAGGUACGCACUUGCUACCGUAAGCCACGAGUACAUCGCUCAAGCAGAGACGCAGCAUCGUGAUGGAACGCUGCAACGCAACGUCCAACAGAGAGAAUUUCUGAAGAAAACAAUGAUGGAGUUGAUAGAGAUAGCGGCAGAGAGAGUAAGGUACGGAGGCGAGACAAAUAUCAAAGGUCACAUGUUUCUCAAAAUGAUUGUGGCACAAAUAGAAGCCAUGGAAAUGGGCAUCCAAGGAGAUUUGGAGAUUGCGAAGAGCGCGAAAGAAAGUCUAGAAUACUGCCACACCUUGCUCGAGGGUCAAGCAAGCACUGUGACGCCAUGCUCAACGGCCGAUGCAGAUUUUGGAUCCUCGGGGCUUGACCACGAACAGGGAGGCUUUGGAUUUGACUGGGACUUUGACUUUUUUCUACCCGAAGGAGAUUUUUAA